CAAGGGGAGGUGGGCUCCUGAAAGUGUCCCCUCGUCCCCCAGGGCCCGGCCAUCUUGCUGUCCCAGCCUGAAGAUAUUCCUCAUGGCCUUGUCCUUUGCAUACUUUGCCAAGGCGUUAUCUGGAAGCUAUAUGAAGAGCACAAUUACUCAGUUGGAAAGAAGAUUUGACAUUCCCAGUUAUUUGAUCGGCGUCAUCGAUGGCAGCUUUGAGAUAGGCUGUGAGAGGGAGUCCAGCCUCUCCAUGUGGGUGUACGUCCUCCUGGGGAACGUACUGCGGGGCAUCGGCGAGACCCCCGUGCAACCACUGGGCAUCUCCUACAUCGACGACUACGCCCACGCUGACAACACAGCCCUCUAUAUCGGAGGGGCGGGACUGGGGAGCUCUAUAGCCAUCAUUGGUCCAGUGUUUGGAUACCUGCUGGGAUCUCUCUGUGCUAAAAUAUAUGUGGAUGUGGGAUUUGUUGACAUGGACAGCAUCACCAUCACCCCAAGCGAUGCGCGUUGGGUGGGUGCCUGGUGGCUGGGCUACCUGAUCGCGGGGGUCAUCACCCUGGCCUCGGCCGUGCCCUUCUGGUUCCUGCCCCGGGCGCUGCCGCCCCCGUCGGACCAGCACGAUGACGACAGCCCCCUGGAGCAGGCCAGCUUCCUGAAGGAUGUCCCCAUCAUCAAGCACAAGUACAUGCCAGACGAGCUCGCCAACUUCCACGAUAUGGCCAAAGAAUUCCUCCCUACUUUGAAGAGCCUGCUUAGUAACCCUGUGUAUUUGACGUAUCUUUGUGUGACCGUCAUCCAGUUCAACUCGCUGAUUGGCAUGGUCACGUACAAGCCCAAAUACAUCGAGCAGCAUUACGGACAGUCGGCCUCCAAAGCCAACUUGCUGAUGGGCAUCAUCAACAUCCCCGCCGUGGCCCUGGGAAUGUUCCUGGGGGGCGUCAUCAUGAAGAAGUUCAAGUUCGGCAUCCUGGCCGCCGCCAAGUUCGCCUUCGGGACCUCGUUGCUGGGCUACUUCCUCUCGCUGUUCUUCUUCGCCAUGGGCUGUGAGAACGCCAAGGUGGCGGGCAUAACGCUGUCAUACUCAGGUGAGGAUGUCUUGUCUUACAACGAGAGGUUUCUGUUCAACAACUGCAACUCGGCGUGCAUGUGCUCCGGAAAGGACUGGGACCCCGUGUGUGGAGUAGACGGCAUCACGUAUGUCAGCCCCUGUCUGGCCGGCUGCACAGCCUCCAACGGAUCUGGGAAGGAGACGGUGUUUGAACACUGCAGAUGCAUCGGCACCGCCGGACCGGGUGCCCAGAACGGCAACCUGACAGCCAUUUUGGGCCACUGCCCCCACCGUAGCAGCUGUGACAGCAUCUUCCCCUACUUCCUAGGCCUGUCCGUCAUCACUUCCUUCAUCAUUUCCCUGGGGGGAACCCCUGGCUAUGUGCUGCUCAUCAGGUGCAUUAAGCCGCAGCUGAAGUCUCUGGCGUUGGGGAUCUACACGCUCGCCACUCGGACCCUCGCUGGAAUACCUGCCCCCAUCUAUUUUGGCGCCAUUAUUGACACCACCUGCCUGAAGUGGGGACAGAAACGAUGUGGGGGCCGUGGAGCAUGCCGAAUAUACAACACCACAGCCUACAGGAUAGUGUAUCUGGGCCUGACGCUGGGUUUGCGGACCGUCUCCUUCUUCCUGUGCAUCCUGGGCUUCGUGCUGCUGAGGCGGCACGUGCGUCGCGAGGAGCAGCAGGCAGCGCUGACCAAUGGCGGCGCAGAGACCGAGUGCCUCAGGAAGGAGGAGAACCACACGCCGCACUGCGAGCAGCUCCUGCGGACACUGGACUGCAACCCUGACCGGGAGACGCGGCUGUGAUGGUCAGAGGCGCCGCCACUCCUCUAUGGACUCUGGAGUGCAACC